UUUCACACGGUGCAUGCAUUGUAUUCACACCUAUAUGCAUGUCAUAUAUUCAUGGUCUCUAUGAUCUCGCUCUAUAUAAACACCACCCAAUCGACCAACCUUCUUCUCUGAUUAUUUUCUCAAAUUAUUUAAUUAAUUUCUUCUUCUUCAUCACCACCAAUUACACUCAAAAUUAUGGUGUUUGCACAUUUGAACCUUCUUCGGAAGAUUGUGGGGAUUAUAGGAAACUUCAUCGCUCUAUGUCUGUUCUUGUCACCAACGCCAACAUUUGUUCGGAUAGUGAAAAAGAAGUCAGUGGAGGAAUAUUCACCAAUACCGUAUUUAGCGACUCUUAUAAACUGUUUGGUUUGGGUUCUUUACGGACUACCAACGGUGCAUCCGGACAGCACAUUGGUCAUUACAAUAAACGGCACAGGGAUCUUGAUCGAAAUCGUAUUCCUUACGAUCUUUUUCGUUUAUUGUGGCCGCCAAAAACAGCGGUUGAUAAUAUCCGCUGUUAUAGCGGCUGAAACCGCGUUCAUAGCUAUUCUUGCGGUUUUGGUAUUAACUCUCCAACACACUACCGAAAAACGUACUAUGAGUGUUGGAAUCGUAUGUUGCGUUUUCAACGUUAUGAUGUACGCUUCUCCAUUGUCUGUUAUGAAAAUGGUAAUAAAAACAAAAAGUGUGGAGUUCAUGCCGUUUUGGUUAUCGGUAGCUGGAUUUCUAAACGCAGGCGUUUGGACAAUUUAUGCUCUCAUGCCUUUCGACCCAUUCAUGGCUAUACCAAAUGGAAUUGGAUGUUUAUUUGGGCUAGCUCAACUAAUAUUGUAUGGUGCCUACUAUAAGUCCACCAAAAGAAUAAUGGCGGAAAGAGAAAACCAACCUGGUUACGUCGGUUUAUCAAGUGCGAUCGCUCGUACCGGAUCUGAGAAAACCGCGAAUACCAACCAAGAACCUAACAAUGUUUAAUUUGGUCUAGUGUUAUUAAACUUCGGAUUAUGGGAUUUUUUUCCCAUCCAAGACUCUUAGUAUAUGAAUAAGAUGGAAACUUUCAUUACUUUGUUUUUCUUUUUGUCUAAAAUUCCAUUACUUUGUUUUAAAAUUCAAACUUUGUAAUGCAAUUUUGACGUCCCUUUUUUGAGGAGCAAUAAGCUACUUUUCAAAGUUUCUGGUGUAAUGUUCAAACUUUUAUGAUUAUGCGGGGUUAAAUUAAAAUAAAUUAGUCGUCGUCA